AUGGCGGACUCGGCCCCCAAGAAAGCUCUCGUCACGGCAGAGGAUCGUGCUGAAAAGCAGAGACUUAUCGAGGCAGAGAAGACAUACGGGCGUGGCAAGCCAAACUCGGUCAAAUCCGCUCGCAACAAGAAGAUCCGCGGCGCCAUCAAAGAGCAAGAAAACAGACACAAAGACGCCGUAUUGAAGGCGAAAGAUGCCGAGAUCCUUCUCGAGCAUGAUGCGGGAUUUCUAGAAGCAGAAGGAGAACUGGAGAGAACAUACAAAGUCCGACAAGAUGAGAUCAAGGACAGCGUUGGGCUCGAGACCGCAAAGAAAGGCUUUGAGUUGAGGUUGACCGAUGCCGGACCGUAUCGCGCAGAUUAUACUCGCAAUGGACGCAGUCUUCUGCUGGCGGGACGAAAGGGUCAUGUUGCGACAAUGGACUGGCGUGACGGUAAGCUCGGCUGCGAGCUUCAGCUGGGUGAAACUGUCCGAGAUGCGCGCUGGCUGCACAACAAUCAAUUCUUCGCCGUCGCGCAGAAGAAAUACGUCUACAUUUACGACCAGAACGGUGUGGAAUUGCACUGUUUGAAGAAGCACCUGGAGCCACUGUUCCUCGAAUUUCUGCCCUACCACUUCUUGCUGACCAGUGCUACCAUGGCCGGCUUCAUCAAAUACACGGAUACGUCAACCGGACAAUUAGUCAACGAGCUACCAACAAAGCUCGGCCGCCCGACCGCUCUCGCUCAGAACCCUUAUAAUGCUAUCAUCCACUGCGGACAUCAAAAUGGUGCAGUGACACUGUGGUCACCCAACUCCCAGACCCCGCUCGUCAAGGCGCUGGUUCAUCGUGGACCUGUGAGAUCGAUCGCCAUGGACCGCCAGGGUCGCUACAUGGUAUCUACCGGGCAGGACCAGAAAAUGAAUAUCUGGGACAUUCGCAUGUUCAAAGAGGUGCACUCAUACUCCUGCUACCAACCCGGUGCUUCGGUCUCUAUCAGUGACCGGAACCUGGUCGCCGUCGGCUGGGGCACUCAGGUGAGCGUGUGGAAGGGGCUCUUUGAGGCCGCACAGGCCGAUACGGCCAAGGUGCGAAGCCCCUACAUGGCGUGGGGUGGCGAUGGACAGCGUAUUGAGAACCUCCGAUGGUGCCCCUUCGAGGAUGUCCUCGGUGUGGGCCACGAUCAGGGCUUUGCUAGUCUUAUCGUUCCGGGCGCUGGUGAACCCAACUUCGAUUCGCUCGAGGCCAACCCGUACGAGAAUGUCCGACAGCGGCAGGAGGCCGAGGUGCACAGCUUGCUCCACAAGUUGAAGCCGGACAUGAUUUCACUGGAUCCCAACAUCAUCGGAAAGCUGGACGCGAUCAACGACCAGAAAGUUCGGGAAGCUCGCGAUCUGGACAAGAAGCCCGAAGAUCCGCUCGAGAAACUCAAAAAUCGUGGUCGUGGCCGCAACAGUGCCCUGCGAAACUAUCUUCGGAAGAAGGGUCGCACCAACGUGAUCGACGAGAAGAGACUCAAGGCCGAAGCGCUGCACAAGGAACGAAUGGCUCGGAACAAGGACCGUAUUCGCCAAGAGCGGCAAGAUUUGGGUCCUGCGUUGGCUCGCUUUGCCAAGUAA